AGUUGAGUUGCUCUUUUUGUUGCUUUUGUUUACUCACUCAUUCAACUUUCACCAACAAUAAUCAUCAUUAAAUGAUCAACUUUUUCCAAUGAUCAUUAAAGUUAAUAACUUAAACAUCAACUAAUCAGUUGAAUCUGAUGUUAUGUUACAAUAAAACUUCAAGUUAAAACUCAAAACUUUGUUCUCUAAAAGUAAAAUUUCAAUUGUCGAUGAAAAGUUUCAAAAUGUUAAUCAACCAUUUAUUUAUUUGGAUAAUUUCAAUAAUUAAUUCAAUCUUGUUUAAAGGGAUUGAUUGUUUACGAAUAAGUAAAUUUUAUGUUCCAACAAUCCUUUCCUCUGGUGAUUCAACCGAAUUCAUUUGUAAUUACGAAUUAGAUGGUGAUAGUUUGUAUUCCCUGAAAUGGUACAAAAACGAGUCUGAAUUUUACAGAUACGAACCAAAUAAUAAAAAUAAGAUUCAAAUAUUUCCAUUGCAAGAGAUUCCGUUUGAAGUGUCUAAAUCUGUUGGUGGGACAACUUUGGUCAUAUCAAGAGUUGUACCUGAAACAAGUGGUAAAUAUAAAUGUGAACUUUCAGCUGAUGGAUCAUUUUUAACUGUUCAAAAGGAGCAAAUGCUAAUUGUAACAGAUGGAACCACUUCAUUAACGUCAAACAUUGUAUUUUAUUUGGUUAUAACAAUCGGCUUUUUUGGCGAUUUUCAAACGAUUUAAUCAGUUAUUGAUUGUUUUUAAGAAAACUUUUACAACUUGUACAAUUGUUCCGGAUCAAAUGAAAGAAAGUGAUCAAGACUAUCAACUGUAAUCAAUCAGCUAAAUUGUUUAUCCAGGAACAGAGAGCAAGAAGAAUGAUAAAGAUGUAGAAGCAGAUAAUGAAAGAUCCACGUUCAACUCAAUCAACAAGUUAGUUUGCAAUGGAACUGAAGCUUCAAUGAGCAAAUCAAAGAAUCAUGAAGAUGAACAUCAUGAAGCCAUGGGAAAGUCAACAAACAGUAUUGAUGAAGCUCAAUUUACUGCCCUAAUUAAGUGCCCAAAGAACGUAAACAUUAAUCUCUUUUUGUGUUCACACUCAACACACAAAGCAAACUAAACCAUUUCUUGUUAUCUUUACCUUUCAAUUCACCUAAAAAUUGCUGAACAAUUAAUCAAUUUGGUUUUCUUUGUCAUCUUUACCUGUCUUUCAUCUUCAAUCAAACCCUUCGCAACCUUACAUCUUUUCUUACUGAUCAAUCUUAAUUCAAUGAUGAUCAAGAUUAUCAACACUUUCAUGAGCUAUGAAUAAACAAAAUAAUUGAA